UCUCCCUCGUCCCCCACCCUGCCAAGCGUGCACGAUUGCGCUCUCUCAACACUCCUACAGCUCCAUCUCCAUCACUAUCACCAUCGCCUGUGAUUAUCAUAUCCCAUUCUCCUCUUGCUGCGUUCCCCAGCCUCGCUACAACCGCAGCCGCGCAUUGUUCCGUGUGUUUCCCUCUUUCUCUCGAUUAUCCACAAUGGCCGCGUCGGCAGCUUCCACUGCUCUCACCGUGUCCGGGUCCACUAGCCUGGACAUGUCCACGUUGUCCAGCAAGUCCGCCUUCGGCAGCAGCUGCAGUGCGAUGCAGGCGGCCCCAGUGAGUAGGCGCGCCGUCCGCUCGGGCGUCGUCAUGGCCAGCGUCGGGUCCGAGGAGGCCAAGCCUGCGAGGCGCGAGGUGCUGGCCGGCAUCUUGGCCGCGGGAGCGGCGCUGGGAUUCUCGGGUCAGGCGAACGCUGCAAUGAACCCAGUGGCCGCAGCCAAGAGCAAGGCGGGUCAGGCAGUGCAGGGCGCCAAGGACCUGGCGGGAAGCAACCCUCUGGAGGGCGUGGUUGGCUCGAACCCCCUGGGUGACGCGCAGAGCACGGUGGAGGAGGCGGCGUCGGGCAUCAAGGGCCGCAUCGACGGACUGUUCGGCAAGGACAAGCCGUACCCGAAGAGGAACACGCAGGUGACGGGCAAGGGCCCCGUCGCGGACGCCAAGGCACGAGUGGGCAACUUCCUGGACAACUCGCAGAACCCGUUGGCCACCAACAUCGAGAAGGCAGCGAAGGAGGCGGAGUCCGGUCUGGCUGUAGCGACGGGGCCCAACUCCCCGAGCGCACGAGCGGGCAAGGAGUUUCUGGGACAAGACAGCACGCGCGUGGACGAGGCGACUGUCAGGGUGAACGCGGGCGCGGAGAAGCUGCAGGGCAAGGCCGUGCAGGCGGUGGAUGAUGUGAAGAGCGCAGUGGGCGCUGCCAAGGACGCCGCACCGGAUGUGAAGGUGGAGGCGCCUGGGUCCGGGUUGCUGAAGUCGUUCGGGAGCAAGGUGGACGCUGUGAAGGGGAAUGUCGCCUCCAUGGCGGAGGACGCCAAGAGCACUGCCGGCGGCGCUGCGUCCAACGUGCUCGGCCAGUAGUACAUAUUGGGAGUGGCCAUGAAAAGCAAAGAUGCGAAUUGGCAGAUCGUUUUUGAUCACCUCAUUUGUUGUCUUGGCUCUAGAGUGUAGAAUAUCGGUUUGGUUGUGUAGUAAAGCACAGGCAUUUGUGUGGAUAACGUAUAAUUUGUGUAAUGUAAGAUUGCAUUUCUGAAAACGGUUAGUUGCAAUUGUAGAAUUAGGUUUGUGUGGUGAUUGUGUUUCACUUUGGAAAGUCAGGGAUGGCGACAUUUGAUGUUUCACAGCUGUGUGAUUUAUUUUGUUCGUUGUUGAUUAGUCUUAUUUAAUGCUUCGUUCAUGGGAAGAUUUUAAUCUUGA